CAACACCGAUCCUGACGGACCUGACACUCGGAGCAGCUCUCACAUCGUCUGCAGGACCAGAAACCAUGUCUGCGGUGAAGCUGGAGGAGUGUCGGCAGCACAUCAGGGCACAGCUGGACAACGUUGUGGACUUCUGGCUAAAAUACUCUCAUGACACUGAACACGGAGGGUUCUUCACGUGCCUGGGAAGGGACGGGACGGUUUAUGAUGAGCUGAAGUACGUCUGGCUGCAGGGCAGACAGGUCUGGAUGUAUUGUCGCCUCUACCGAACCAUGGAUCGCUUCCACAGGCCUGAAAUCCUGGAAGCAGCCAAAGCUGGAGGAACUUUCCUGAGAAAGUUUGCUCGCGUGUCCAACAGCAGCGGCCAGUGGAAAUGUGCUUUCUGCUUAACACGAGAUGGUAAAGCAGUCAAAGUUCAGAGGACCAUCUUCAGUGAGUGUUUCUACAUAAUGGCCAUGGACGAACUAAGCAGGGCCACUGGUGACAAGGACAUGCAGCUGGAGGCCGAGCAGAUGAUGGAGCAGCUGAUCCAGUGGGUUCGGGUGGACUCGUCGGGCCUGGGCCGGCCCCAGCUCCCGGGAGAUGUUCCCACCAGCAGCAUGGCAGUUCCUAUGAUGCUGUUGUGUCUGGUCCAACAGCUGACGGAGGACCGGGAGCCAGAGGUGGUGCAGAAGUACCGAGAGCUGGGAAGCUGGUGCGUCCAUCAGAUUCUACAACACGUCCAGAGAGCUGGCACAGCGAUUCUGGAGAACGUGUCCGCGGAUGGAGCGGAGCUGCCGGGUUGUCUGGGCCGUCAGCAGAACCCAGGCCACGCCCUGGAAGCAGGCUGGUUCCUGCUCCAGUACAGCGAGCAGAGGGGCGACGGUGACCUCCAAAGAACCGCCAUCGACAAGUUCUUGGAGCUUCCUUAUCAGUAUGGCUGGGAUAAAGAGCACGGCGGCCUGUUGUACUUCCUGGAUGUGGAUGGUCACUGCCCUACUCAGCUGGAGUGGAGCAUGAAGCUGUGGUGGCCUCACUGCGAGGCUCUCAUCGCCUUCCUCAUGGCCUACGGGAAAACCAGGAAGCCGGAGCUGCUGGAGAGAUUCUUUCACGUUUACGAUUACACUUUCAGUCAUUUUCCUGAUUCUAAAAGUGGGGAGUGGUUUGGAUAUUUGACACAAGAAGGGAAAGUAGCAUUGGAUUUUAAAGGGGGCCCCUUUAAAGGGUUCUUCCAUGUGCCUCGCUGCCUGUACAUGUGCGAACGCAUGUUGGACGAUCUGCUGCAAAACAAGGACUGAACACUCAGGCAGUGUUCCCAUAGAGGCAUUUAAUCUGGUCUGUGCACCGAAUCAGAUCACAUGUAAUCUGAUUAUAAAAUUAAAGUGCAUAAACCUCCUACAAUCUAUCACUGUAACUGUCACUGCAGUGUCUUCUUCUCACGGCAAAUAUUCAGUUAAUCAGAAAUUGUUGGGAAGUUAUUUUCCAGCGGGUUCUCGAGAAGAUGCUCAGGCUGGACUAUAUUUUUAUAACUUUACACACAUCUGAUGCCUUAUUCCUCUCACUACAAGUGAUUCAUCCUUCCAUACUUUAUAAUUUUCUUUAUUUUAUGUUAAUUUGAUCUUUGAAAGUCCAAUGCAAAUAUACUAAGUAGGCAUACCUCAAAAUGAUUUGAUUAAACUUUGAUUAAGCAUGAGUCUUAUUGAUUAAAUUACUUCAGAUUUCAUGUGUUUAAACUGAGAAUGUUCAUGUAAAACAAUGUUAUUUACAUGUGUUUAACCCCUGAGGUCUCCAGCAUCUGUAAUAAAGCUGACAUCAACAGUUUCUAAUAAAGCAGGCUGGUCUCGCCCUU